GGAACCACCGGGGCUGUGAUAACAUGCCCCCUGGAAGUGGUGAAAACAAGGCUGCAGUCUUCGGUGACCUCAUUUGUCCAAGUCAACGUACACGCUGCGCUACGGCUGUUGCCGUCUCAACAAGUCGUAACCCUCGGAGCAAGUAACUGUGAUGUCAUUGUGAAUCAAAAUUCCGUUUUGGAUGUACCUAAACAGCAGUCAAGACCCUGUCAAGGAUUAGUUGCCUGUCUGAGGCACAUAAUCAAGACAGAAGGGAUUAGAGGUCUGUUCAAAGGACUUGGACCCACUCUUGUCGGAGUAGCUCCGUCUAGAGCCAUCUAUUUCGGCGCCUACGCCCACAGCAAGCAGUACCUCAAUGGCGUCAUCACACCAGAGACACAUUUCGUCCAUCUCUGUUCUGCCGUCACUGCCGGACGGAAGACAAACUGACGUGCCGAGAAUGCAUCCGGCGUAUCUACAAGCAGAGCGGCGUCCGCGGCUUCUACAAGGGCAUCAGCGCCUCCUACUUCGGCGUGUCGGAGACGGUCAUCCAUCUGGUCAUCUACGAGGCCAUCAAGGCGCGGCUCACACAGCAGAACACCAACCACGACCGGCGGGCCGCCCUCAAAGCUUCCUCCUUGUCCUCCGCUGAGAAGGGCGUCGGUACAUCCCCCGAGGGAGGGGGAGGAGGAGGAGGGGAGGGGGACUCCGCGGGAGACAAGGGUUCCUUCCUCACCUCCGACUACCUCAAGUAUAUGCUGGCGGGGGCGUGUUCCAAGACGUGUGCCACGUGUCUGUGUUAUCCUCAUGAGGUGGCCCGUACGCGCCUGCGUGAGGAAGGAUCUCGCUACAACUCGUUUUUCCAGACUCUCCUGCUGGUGUUGAAGGAGGAGGGGCGGGCCGGGGUGUACCGCGGCCUUGGGACCCAGCUCAUCCGACAGAUUCCCAACACAGCCAUCGUCAUGGCAACCUAUGAGUUCGUGGUGCACGCCCUAACCCCGGUGGACUGAGUCGGCGGGGAGGAACUCGGAGGAAAUCGUUCGCCACAUUUAUUUGAUGGAUGUGAAAACCGAUGUCUCUCGCUCUCUCUCUCUCGGCUACCCACAGCGGUACUCUGAUAAAAAAAAGUAUUUCUCACGAGAAUCUCAUUGCAGGUGGAUACUAGAAUCUAUGCUCCGUGCUUCAGAAUGCAGAGAAUUGGAAGGCUUCAUAAUUUAUCCUGGUGAUGUGGUGGGUUGCAUGUGUACCGGCUUAUACCCCGCCCCCCCCCCACCCCAAGACUCGAAAGCGUUUCUGUCAAAGCGUCCAUAUUUUGGGCGGGGCCAGUCUGUCUGCGUGGGAAGGUCAAAAGCCGGUUUUACCAAGAUGAGUGUGUAAAUAGCCUUGCGUGCUGAGCUCCUCUCAUUGCCUUAUUCCAUGUGCUGUGUACAGACAAGAGUUGUGAAUGAAGCCAAUGCUAACCUCGCGGCUGUUUCUGCAAUACGACUAGUCCUUUUGUGCCCAGAGCACUAGGGUAUGUUUCUUGUUUUUCCCCACUGUGUGUCUGUGUGUGAGUGUGUGUGUGUGUGUGUGUGUGUGUUUGGAAGACUGAUGGUGACGGUAGCCUAGGUACUGAUUCAUACCCUUCAUCUUGAGCAAUUUUCCCCAGAACAAUUUGUUGUAAUUCGAGAUUUUUGACAACUUUCGUGGCACAGAGUGUUUGAUUUUGAUUGGUGUUAGGGUUUUAAAGAUCAUUAAAAUCCAUAAAAGUACAUGGGUUUUCUAUUUUAAAAGCAGCAAAAUUUUAGUAAUAUUUUAGAAAAUAUUACAUAAGAAUUUGAUUCUUAGUGCAUUCUAAAACAUCUGUUCUUGGCGCUGACAUGACCAAAACUGUGUUGACAGUGCCGUAAAACAUCUACUCAAUCAAUCUAUCAAUUGAUCAAUGAAUCAGUCAGAACGUAUAGUGUAAGGA